AUGGGCGAGUCUAUCUAUGCCAAUUACCCUCCUCCCUUGAGCCCCGCUCAAAAGGACUUCCUGGUGACCACCAUCAAGGAUUGGGCGGCCCAGAAUGGCUUGAUGGUUCGGCCAGCCCCGAGCUUUAUUCCGAGGGAAUCGGAUUCUCGUGGAGUGCUGGCGACAAAUGCUCCUGUGACUCUAUUCCCGAGUCCCUUUCCGAGGGCCUGUUUUGAAGAGGCAAAAGCCCUGCAGACCGUAUACAAUCACCUGUAUGCCGUGAUAACAUGUAACGAAGAAUGGCUUGGCAAGAUCAUGGAAGACCUUAUUGACGUGGACGACUUCAUUUCAAAUUUGUGGAAGACGCAUCUUGCAGUGAAGAAGGAGGGCUAUGUCCAGACAUUGUCGCUUGGUCUUUUCCGGUCAGAUUAUAUGGCCCAUGCACCAUCCAACUCGACAGCACCAUCAUUGAAGCAGGUUGAGUUCAACACCAUCUCGUCAUCCUUCGGUGGGUUGUCGUCUCUCGUGACAUCGCUCCACUCCGAACUCGUCAAUUCCCCUCUGGGCUAUCCUAUCGCAUAUCCACCUCAUCCCUUGUUUGAAUCCAAUGAGCCUCCUAAGAACACCGCAGUGGAGACUUUGUCGGCGGGAUUGGCAGCUGCACACGCCGCGUACGGGACGUCCAAAUCAGCGCCGACUUUCCCCACGUGCAUUCUGUUUGUUGUUCAGGAGAACGAGAGGAAUACAUUUGACCAAUUGGCACUCCUAAGACAACUCACAACCUUUCACAGGAUACCCGUAUUUCGUCUCUUGAGCGCGGAGAUUUUGGAUCACACGUCCAUUCCUGAAUCCAACCCUUCUCGUCCCCUCAUAUACCACCCCCCUUACUCUUCGAGGGCAUUCGAGGUAACAACCGUAUACCUGCGGUGCUUCUAUGCACCAAGUGAUUAUAAGUCGGAGCGCGAUUGGGAGGCGCGCACUCACUUGGAACGCUCUGCGGCAAUUAAAUGCCCAACUGUCCUAAAUCAAUUGUCUGGGUGUAAAAUUGUGCAACAGGUCCUAGCGGAAAGUGCAGGUCCGGACCACCUGGCAAAUUUCUUGGCCGAUGUUGAUCCGUCCGUGGUUGCAAGAUUACGGGCGACAUUUGCGCCUCAGUAUGAUCUUUCUUCCGACGGGCGUGGUAGGGACCUGGCUCUCAACCCUGACACAGCGGCGAAACACGUUCUCAAGCCGCAGCGAGAAGGGGGUGGCAACAAUAUCUACAAAACUGCGAUCCCUGAAUUCUUGCAUUCGAUUCCCGAGACGGAAUGGAAGCGCUGGAUUUUGAUGGAGCUAAUCAGCCCGCCAUCCGAUGCAAAGAAUGUGGCUUUGAGGAGUGAUGGCCAAGUGCUCGGUGGAGAAGUCAUUGGGGAACUGGGCGUGUACGGAACAAUCCUGUGGAAUCAAGCCGGGGGGAAAGUCCUGCAUAACGAGCAAGGUGGAUGGCUCAUGAGAACGAAGGCACGGGAUGUCAACGAAGGAGGAGUUGCCACCGGGUUCUCUAGUUUAGAUAGUAUUCUGCUUUUCUAG